GGCGGAACGGGGUGAACACAGACGCGCUCGCGCGGGACAGUGCGCGGACGGUGCAGCGGGUGAGCGAGCGGGCGAAUGAGCGAGCGUUGCUACACGCCGGGUUUGUGGAUUUUGCCGAUUUUUGCACAGUUGUCAAGCCCGACUCUCUCGCGGCGCGUGAAAGCGGUGCUUCGUGAGUGUCGUCCCUAACCACGAUCGUGCCUCGCGCGUAUCUCUCUUCGCGCUGCCUGCACUUAUCUAUCUGUUUCCUUCUCUCUCGCUCGCUGUUGUCGAAGACGCGAGCCCGUCUCUCUCUCUCUCUCUCUUUUUCUCCCGCUUACGUUCGCUCCGAUCUGUCAUCCUUUCUUUCUCUCGCUCUUUCUCUCCCUAGCCGCGCGCUCUCGGGAUACCCGCGUGUUCGCCUACUCUUUCCCCGUCGCGGCACGCUCGAUAAUCGUACGUAUACGUAGACUCGUGCGGGACAACACGAGACGGUGACCGUUCGUCGCCAGCGACACUGACGUUUUUGCCAUCGAUCGGCCGCGUCGCGUGUGUACACCACCAGUUGCGUGUUGCGUAACUGCAUUUUACAACGAGAUAGAUAGAGAGAGAAAGAGAGAGAGAGAUUGAGAGCCCGCUGCCUGCGUCUCUCCCGCGGGUGCAUCGGCCCUGUCCCUCCCGCGCCCGUCGCGCCUCGCCACACACCACACCACGCUACGCCACGCCACGCCGCGCGCCGAGAGGAGAGUUUGGCGCUACGGGAACCUUGGAGUCUGACGUUUGGAGCGCACGACUUCGCCGCACUGCGUUCCACGUGGAGCACGUGACAGCACGGUGAACUCGCGGCUAAAGAGGCGGAAGUGCUCGUUGACUAUGGCGGCGGGAACGUGCCAAUUCGCCUGAGGGGACACAGUAUCCGCAGAAAUCCGUAAGGAUGGUGCUGGUGGUGGGCGGGGUGGUCCUGCAGGAAGAGAUUCCUGCGGACAGCAGGUCCUUGUACGCGGCCCAUCCGGUGUACCGCGAGAGCGCGGCCCAGCUGCACUCGAUGCCGGCGAAGCUCGUGGGCCCGGUGGGCCUCCUCUACGUGCAACAGCGAGAAAUGGCCGCGACGCUGCCGCACGAUAAGAACGUGAGCAUCCUCGGUUCGGACGACAUGACCACAUGCAUAAUCGUUAUCGUCAGGCAUUCCGGCUCGGGCGCCGCCGCUCUAGCGCAUCUCGACGGUAACGGAACGGAUGAUGCCGCGACGGCGAUGACCCAGAGGGUAACGGAACUCACCCUCGGAUAUCCCGAAGGUCGCCUGGAACUACAAAUGGUCGGCGGUUAUUCCGAUCCUAGAAAUUACUCCGAGGGAAUAUUCUACAAGAUACUUUCCGCAUUUCACAAACAACCGGUGGAGAUCGAUCUUACCUUGUGCUGCGUGGGCGAGCUGAAUACCACCGUAAGAGGUGGAAUUCAUUGGCCGAUGAUCUACGGUAUCGGGCUGAACGUAAAGACGGGCGAGAUCUUUCCUGCAACUUUCCCCGACAAAGGCCCAGAACAGGCAUUGAGGUGCGCUAGACAAUUGACCGGGGGUCAACAGGUUUUGGACAUAUACGAUUGCGGUCUAGGAUUACUUAGAAUCGGCCCAUUUAACUAUGAUCCUUUGCGUGGCGUGGAUCUCUGGCUGGCACAAACUGAUCAGUUCAUUUUGCAGCACCUGUCUACGUCACCGGAAGUGGAGCAACCACACUUCGUAUCGCAGGUGCGGGCGACACUCAAGUAUAUCCAAGACAAUCAAUUUCCGGCCGUCACCGUCUUCCGAGACAACAGACCUCAUUACUAUCGUCGAGACGAAGCCACCGGUGUCUGGCAGCCGGUACGAUACUAAAGAUUCAAUAAGCCACGGAUUCAAUUUAGGAUUUGCGUGGUGAUUGUUCGAGGAAAUUUUCGAGCGACACGAAGUAUAAUAAUUAAAUUUGCGAAUCGACGAAGCGUACGGAGCAGGACGAUUAGGAAUUUAAAUCAAUUAAUUGAAUUUGAUACUGGCGCCUUCUGGAGAUGGCAGUGUCUUCGCCGAAGUUGUUUAAGCCCUAAUGAGUCCGUUUGAAAAAGAUUUGUGACUCGCAUUUACGAUUAGCGAGCAAAUUGCGGAAGUUGGCGUGCAAUAAUUGCAGCCUUCGUCGGCUGGCAAUUAUCUGUGAUCGACGAGAAAAGGACGUCCGAUCGAAAGGAAGCCGUGGGAUCGAGUAUCGAUCGAAGUGAUCGUAAUCAGCGUGUUGGUCGAUGCUUUAAGGCCUGCUCACACCGGAAGACGUCUCACGAGCCGUGUUGAAACCAAGAAUGCGAAUCAGCAUGUGGAUUAGGCAUUAUCAAAUGCGAUUUGUAAUAUUUAUAAAUAAAAUUAUCAGACAGUGUAGUUUAGUAUCGUAAACUAAUAUGAAAAAUAAAAUAAAACAAUCUUUUAUUUUAUUUUUCAUAUUAAAGACUUUAGGAAAAAUAAAAUUAAAUAAAAAUAAUUUUUUGACAAUUUUCCGAAAAUUUUAAUAUGUAUUAUUCUGCAUUGAGAGAAAGAGACGCAGAUAAUGCAUAUUUUGCUUAGGUUUUGCAUAAUAUUUUAUAUAUAUAUUCGAUACAUUUUUAAAAAAAUGAUAUAAUAGAUGAGAUUUUCCUGUCAUACAAUUGUCGUAAAAAGUUUUCGAUGAUUUUAUCGAAAUUGCUUUAGAUAAAUUUUUACAAAGCAAAAGAUUAAGACUACUUCAAUUCUUCAAUUAAAGAAGAAAAAGUAAAAAUUACUAAUAAUAAUGUUAAACUAUAUUGCAGAUACAAUACAUAAACAAUUCAUCCAUUCUCAAAUUAAAUUUUACAAAUGGCAGUUUAAAUUGAUCUUUAAUUAGAGAUUUUUUUAAUUACCCGCGGGCUAUGAUCAGAAAUUCUAGACAAAAAAUUGCCGCACAAGCAACUGAAUCGAUAAUCGAACUUCGACUUUUCAUUUGUUAAGCAACUUUUCUUUUAUAACCUAAUAUAUAUAUAUAUAUAUAUAUAUAUGACUGUUAAAAAAUCUUACAAAGAAAUAGAAAAGAAUUUUAUAUAAUAAUAUACAAAUACUCUUUCUCUUUCUUUAUUACAUAUACACUUUAUAUCUUUUAAAAAGUAACAUACAUGCAUUUAUAUUAGCGUGCUCACGACAACUUCAGUUGUGAAUAGGCCAACACGUGCUGAAUAUAUUGGCAUUGUUGAAUUUUAUCUUUUUGUUAUCUAAUGAGAUUUGCUAUUAUAUUACGUGGACUACGGUCGAUUUUUGGUCAUUACUAUAAGGUGUUAUUAGUCGUACGCAAUUGUUAUUUCAUCAUUGAACGUUCUCUCCGUAUUAAACUUUCUUCGUUGCCAGAGCGUGAAAAUAAUGACACUCUUAUUGCGCAUUUAGCUAAAUAUAACUCAUUUCCUUUACAUCACGUGCAAUCGUCGUGUCAAAUAACUAACUCGAUAAUAAAGUAAAAUCUCAUUUGGUGCUAUAAGUGCGGGACUAAAAGCACGAUUCUAUGUACACGUGCGCGAGGACAUUUGUCUUUUUACUUUUUUCUUCUAGUUUUGUUUUUUUAGUCGAAUUGUGAAAGUUUGAACAACGAAUAAUUCCGCACUUGCCAUAAUAAGAGGAAGAAAGUUAGACGAAAGGUAGAGAGGUGAAGUAGAAGAGAUGAUGUAUAUAUAUUUUCAGGGUUGUGCCCGAGUCUUUCGGGUGAGGGAAAGUUCCUUUGCCUCGGUGUAAUUAUUUCCGCGAAAGAAACACAGAACGUGGAAUCCCUCCAAAAGUUUAUACGCAAAUUAGUGAUUGUAUACAAACUGUUGAUGUCUCGCGGGAAUUUUGCUAAAUUUUGUAUAAAUAUUACAUGUCGAAAAACAUCUCUUUCAAUUUUUUGACUCGCAGAAUACUUGAGCAAUUGCGUUUAAUUAUUAACGUAGGAUAAAUGUUCAAGGUAAAACGAUUUCCAUUGUAUCAUUGAAUGACUUAGGCUGGUAUUCAUAGUCGAAUCUUAUUUAAAGAUCGUCUCAAGCAAUGUCUUAAGAUGCUAAUACGGCUCUGUGAUUGGCUGAUGGCAUCUUAAGACAGUACUUAAGAUGAUCUUAAAUAUAAGAUCCGACUAUGAAUACUGGCCUUAAAUAUGCGAGACCGAUGCGUACGAAAUUGUAGAGAUUAAUAUUAAAACAAAAUGCAUAAUAUAAUGGGGUAAUUCCACUCUGAAGAUCGUGCAAAUGUCCGAUAUAGAUUUUCCUACUUGUUAGAAAGCACAGGCAUGCGGUCGCGAUCAAAGAAUCAAAAUAACGAGGCCUUCCCUUGCCUGUGGAUUCAUCGAUUUAGCCGAAAGGUAAUCACCCUCCAGAUAGCAUUCGAGAGCACAGCUCUACGGCAAAAAAUUUAAUAUUUCAACACUUAAAUAUAAUUUUUAUGAAAUUAAUCAUAACAUUAUUAUUGAGUGUUUUCUCUAUUGGGUUAAAUAUACACAAUAACGAAAUUUAUUUUUCAAAUAAUACAUGAAAAUUUUUUUAUAAAGCUAUGGUCUCGAAGCUUUGAAGUAGUGCGUAAAGGAAGGGUGCGUUCACAAUUUUCCAUUGUUCUAGUGAUACAUAAACUAAUUAAGGUUGAUAUUAAUAAUAAUGAUGACGAUUAUCAUGAUACUGCUGAUGAUAAUGAUAUUUCCUAGAAAUCGAAGAGAUAUAUUUUUACUAUAUUAUGUAAAGAAAAAAAAAAGAGCGAAUACACUCGCGAAAAUGACGAACCUCUCAGGAUCGAACUUGCGACCUGCUUUCUCUUACCAUUCGAUCUACGCGAGUAGAAGAAGAGUAUGACGGGUGGUUUGCCACUUUGUUGCUUCUGCCAGGAAAAUAUACGGCUUUUCUUGCUUACGUCAUGAAAACUUCCCGGUGCAGCAGUACAAGUUACAUAUAUACUUCUCUUUUCUUUUAAGUCCACCAUAUUGUUUUUUCCCCACCUUUUUCUGCCCGUACUUUCUCCUUUCUUCUCACGGUAAUCUUUCCGUUUGAUCUCUAUCGCAUUCUUUCUCGCGUUACGCAGACGCAAUCUUACUACAUAAUAUUAUUUGGUGAUAUAUUUAUACAAUAAACGAUGAUAGGUUAUAAAGCAA